GCUGGAAGUAGCAAAUGUGAAAUGCUACCGUAGCUAACGCGAUACGGCUACAAACAGCAGUCUACAGACCGGCUGAUGUAACAAAGGUCAAGAUAACGAGCAGCACUUUUUCUUAGUAGAUGCCUGGUUUUCGUCCUGGACUUUUCAGUAACAUUAAUGGAUCUGUUUUCAUUCGGAAACCGUGCCGGACAGUUAGCUUGCUAGUGUUGAGGGCUAGUUCACGUUAUUUCUUCUUGGACACGUUUCCUCCCUUUAAAACCCCCAAAGCUGAAUGUGCUUUCUGUCAUGUGUCCGGCCGGGUGCUCCCAUGUGAUCGGUUUCAAAGUGGACAAUUGGAAGCAAAACCUGCGCGUCAUAUAUCAGUGCUUUGUGUGGACCGGCACCGCAGAAACCAGGAGACGGAAGGCAAAGUCGUGUAUCUGUCACAUGUGUGGUGCACAGCUGAACAGACUGCAUUCGUGCCUAUACUGUGUCUUCUUCGGCUGCUUCUCUAAGAAACACAUCCACGAACACGCCAAAAACAAACGACAUAACCUAGCUAUUGACUUGUUAUAUGGUGGGAUAUACUGCUUUGCUUGCCAAGACUACAUAUACGACAAAGACAUGGAACAGAUUGCCAAAGAAGAACAGAGGAAGGCCUGGAAACUUCAAGGAGUAGGGGAAAAGUAUUCAACGUGGGAGCCCACCAAAAGGGAGCUGGAGCUGCUACGCCAUAAUCCAAAGCGCAGAAAAAUUACUUCCAACUGCACCAUAGGUUUACGGGGCUUGAUCAACUUGGGCAACACUUGUUUCAUGAAUUGCAUCGUGCAGGCACUCACACACACGCCACUGCUUCGUGACUUCUUCCUGUCGGACCGGCACAAGUGUGAGAUGCAGGCCAACUCCUGCCUGGUGUGUGAGAUGUCUCGGCUCUUUCAGGAGUUCUAUUCAGGCCACCGGUCUCCCCACAUCCCAUUCCGCCUGCUGCACCUGGUGUGGACACAUGCACGUCACCUGGCUGGCUAUGAGCAGCAGGAUGCACAUGAAUUUCUCAUCGCCGCACUGGAUGUACUGCACCGUCACUGUAAAGAUGAUGACAAUGGGAAGAAAGCCAACAAUCCAAAUCAUUGUAACUGCAUCAUUGACCAAAUCUUCACUGGCGGACUACAGUCAGAUGUUACCUGUCAAGUUUGCCAUGGUGUUUCCACUACGAUAGACCCGUUCUGGGACAUCAGUCUGGACCUGCCCGGCUCUUCCACACCAUUCUGGCCUCUGAGUCCGGGAGGUGAUAGCGCCGUGAUUAAUGGAGAGGGUCACAUGACCGGUUCCACCACACUCACAGACUGCCUGCGUCGAUUCACUCGGCCUGAGCAUCUGGGUAGCAGUGCCAAAAUUAAAUGUGGAGGCUGUCAUAGCUAUCAGGAGUCCACCAAACAGCUGACAAUGAAGAAGCUUCCUAUAGUUGCAUGUUUUCAUCUGAAGCGCUUUGAACAUUCAGCCAAGUUGCGCAGAAAGAUCACUACCUAUGUAUCGUUCCCCUUAGAGCUGGACAUGACACCUUUCAUGGCCUCCAGUAAAGAGAGCAGAGUAAAUGGCCAGUACCAGCAAACAGUAGAUGUAUUAAACAAUGACAAUAAAUACUCCCUGUUUGCUGUAGUGAAUCACCAGGGCACAUUAGAAAGUGGCCACUACACCAGUUUCAUCCGCCAGCACAAGGACCAAUGGUUUAAAUGUGACGAUGCCAUUAUCACCAAGGCCAGCAUUAAGGACGUUCUGGACAGUGAAGGGUAUUUGUUAUUCUACCAUAAACAGUUCCUUGAAUAUGAGUAGCUUUAACACACUGAUCAUCUGACUGUGGAAUGCUUCGUUCAUCCAGUGAGAGUGGCUGAGAGGGACAUCACCCCUGCAGCAGAGUACACAAUUAACACGAGCCUACCUGAAACUGUGACUACCCAUCGCUUCCUUCCCACAUAGGGGCCAAAGCAAAAGAGACAAAAAACUAAACAAAUCAUGCAACACAUUCAAACCAGCACUGAGCUAACUGUUACUUGAUGUGAGAAAAGCGGAGGAGAGGAAGAAGUGCAUGACUGCUUUCCGCCUCUCGUCACUUUCUCCACCGCUAAAGAAAAGGAGAGGAGGGUGAAAUGAACAGAUCUGUGAAAACAAGAGUAGAGGCACAUCUCAACUUUUGACUCGUUUUUGUUGUUUUUAUAGAGGGUUUUCCCCCAUUUAUUUUAUUUUAUUUUUUUUAUUUUCCUCUUUUGUUGUUCUGUUUUUUCUUCCCCAUGGUGCUCUCAAUCAAACUGACCAAGCAUUAGAAGCCUGCUGGGGUGAGUCACUGUCUAUUUUGCAUAUGAACUGUGAACUCAGUGCAGCAAAAUGUCCAAAAGAAAAAAAAAAAGGACUAGCACAUCAAAGAAAGGUUUGUUUUUUAUUUUGUUUUUAAAGGAAUUAUUAUGAAUAUUGUUUGAUAUUGGUCAUGAAAUACUGUAUGAAUUCAGUAUCUAGUCUCCAUUUAUUUUAAGCAUGGACUUGCCUGAAGCAGUAAAUUAUGUAGGUCUGGGUCAGCACUGCCACGGAAGCCAAGAGCCUAGGCAAGUGUGUGCUAUUUCCGUUUUCUGUUUAUUUCAAUAUUCUUGAGUACGCAAUCCGCAUUCACUUUUUGUUUUUAGAAUUCUCUUCCGUGUUUUGUUGAAGUGCAGUUGUUUCUGUCUGCAGGGUUUCCUUACCCCAAAUUUAUAAUUUGUAUCUCUAUUGUGUUGUGAACAAUUUUGGUAAGGUAUUGUAAAACUAAUGCUGGCCCUCUGAUGAAGAGGAGUAGCAGACCUGACCAUUUUUUGAGGCAAUAUUUGGCAAGACAGUGUUAUUUUAUUGUUGUGAGCCUCUGUGUGAUUUACCUUUGAUCAUCCCACAAGAGCCAAGCCUGUACAGUAGGCCUAUGCAAGGCAGGUGUUAAAGAAGGGUUUGCCAGUUUUAAGAAAUUCGAUCAGCAUCUUCUUGCUUCAACUUUAUCUGUGAUUGGUAGAGGCCAUUUUCAUAACUGAAACGAUUUGGUCAAACGCAUGUUUUAGAGAUCAACUCUCUCACUCGGCAUUUAAAAUAAAUAUAUAUGUAACAAGCAAUUCCUAAAGGUUGUCUUGUAUUAACAGCACAGCAUGACUGAUGAAGCAGAACAUCUCCGCUGUGCGAGAUGUGGCGAGUCAAAACCAUCACACAAGUGGCAAGCAGUCAAAAAUAGACAUAAAGUAUAAAAUUGCACUUUGUGCAUGCAACAGGUUUCAAAUGUUCCAUUAGCUAUAUUGUUACUAUUCUCAAAAACACAAUAAAACAGUAAAAUAUAACCAUUUCAUGCUCAUGUUCCUCUAUAUUCGCCAUGAUGCUGUGCUUUUGCCGCAUGCAAAAUGACGUAACUGUCGAACAGUUUGCGUCACUUCUAUUAUGUUGUGAAUGGUCCCUGCAAUGUGACAGUCAGGUAGAGACACAAAAAAGGAACUCUUCCAGGAACAGUGUACUUCUUGUUCAGAAUAUUUAUUGGAUCUUUUAAUAACGAGUGACCCAGGAUAAGAAUUUGGCCACAGGUUUUGUCCUAACGCACAUUUGUUUUGACGUCUGGUCACUUUCUUACAGAUUAGAUACAGAGAUUCUAUAAAAUGUGGUUUAAUUUGACCUUACCAUGUAGGUGGUUACUGUAAGCAUUUUAAUGCAAGCUGUAUUGCUGACUGUCCCUGCUGACCUAAAUGUUUCUAUACCUCCGUCUCAGGUAGUCUGUCUCCGUCUCAUAGUAGUAUGGAAAGCAAGGCAUUUGAAAUGUUCCUAAUUUUAUUUUUUCUCACACUACAGCACGCCGAAGCCUAUGCACUUAAAAGCAUGACCUAGCAUAUGGUAGCAUAGUGUGUGUUAUGUGGUUGUGUUCCCCCCCCCGCCGUACUGUGUUCCAACACACGACCCGUCCUGCUCUAGGGCACCUGAUAGUUAUUGGGUAAUGGUGAGGUGUGAGGUCAGCAGUUUUUAAGCCAGUUUUAAGAACACUUUUUUUAUAUUUUCCAACCCCCAAUUCCAAAAAAGUUGGGACAUGGUGUAAAAUGUAAAUAAAAACAGAAUGUGAUGUGCAAAUCAUGGAAACCCUAUAUUUACUUGAAAGAUUAAAUACAAAGAUGACAUAUCGGAUGUUGAAACUGAGAAUUUGUGUGUGUGUGUGUGUGUGUGUAUAUAUAUAUAUAUACA